CGAGUCUGAUUCCGGGACAGCUUCUUUAACCAUCAGCUUUAAUACUAUUAUUAUGAUGAAAUAUUAUUGGCUUUAGGAGUACUACUGUAUUUUUAUUUAUAAUUCAGUUACUUUUAAUCUACAAGAUAUAUAUUUACUUAUUUAUACGGAUAUAUCAGAAAUCAUUUCAUCGGUUCUGUAAUUGAUUACUGGAACAUUCUACACAACUGGGAGGGAUUUUUUUCGAUCAAACAGGAUUUGAAGAAACUGAUCUGUGUUAAUUCUUGAGAAUGAACAAAGCUCCUGGUAAAACAGAGAUGAGCAAUUUCAGCACUUUAGACGUGGACAACAGCAGCACCAACAGCAAUGAAUAUGACGGUUAUCAAGAAAGUCCAACCAAAACUCCUAUUAACGGUUUGCAGUAUGUCGACGUGGAUGCAGAAAGCCAGAACUUUCUAUCUGGCAAGAAGAAAUAUGAGAAUGAAUAUACUCCCGGCUCAGCGUCGUUUGGGAUGUCAGUGUUUAAUCUCGGCAAUGCCAUCAUGGGAAGUGGAAUACUGGGGCUUUCCUAUGCCAUGGCCAAUACUGGCAUCGCCCUGUUUGUGAUCCUGCUUGUGGCAGUAUUAAUCUUCUCCUUGUACUCGGUGCAUUUGCUACUCAAAACAGCCAAUGAAGGAGGGUCUAUGGUUUACGAACAGCUGGGGUAUAAAGCGUUCGGGCUUCCCGGCAAACUGGCCGCCUCUUGCUCAAUCACCAUGCAAAACUUUGGAGCUAUGGCCAGCUAUCUCUUCAUUGUGAAGUACGAACUACCGAUAGUCAUCAAGUCCUUUCUGGACACCAAUGACAAUUCCUGGUACACUAACGGCGACUACCUCGUGCUGAUCGUCACCGUGUGCAUCAUUUUACCCCUCUCAUUGCUUAAAAACUUGGGUUACCUGGGAUACACGAGUGGCUUCUCCUUGUUGUGCAUGGUGUUCUUCCUCAUUGUGGUGAUCUACAAGAAAUUCCAGAUCCCGUGUCCUCUACCUGAAACCCUUAUUAACAUCACAGUGAACAGCUCUGUGUCUAAACCCAACACCACAGAGGACGACUGCUGCAAACCCAAAUACUUUGUCUUCAACUCACAGACUGUGUAUGCGGUGCCCAUUCUGACAUUUGCAUUUGUCUGCCACCCGGCGAUUCUGCCCAUGUACCAGGAACUCAAAGAUCGUUCCAGACAGAAGAUGCAGAAUGUGGCGAAUGUGUCAUUUGUGGGAAUGUUUGUUAUGUAUCUACUGGCUGCUCUCUUUGGAUAUCUGACCUUCAACGAGGCUGUCGAAUCCGAGCUCCUUCACACUUACUCCAGGGUCUACGAUUUUGAUAUGGUGCUUAUGGUCGUGCGUUUUGCUGUUUUGGUCGCUGUGACCUUAACUGUGCCUGUGGUUCUUUUCCCUAUCCGUACCUCAGUCAACCACCUGACUGGCGCAACUAAAAACUUCAGCUGGCCCCGUCACAUCUCCAUUACCGUCGGCCUGCUUGUCUGCGUAAACAUUCUGGUCAUCUUUGUCCCCACCAUCAGAGACAUUUUUGGAUUUAUUGGUGCAUCUGCUGCGGCCAUGCUGAUCUUCAUCCUGCCGUCUGCCUUCUACAUCAAACUGGUGAAGAAAGAGUCUAUGAAGUCUAUUCAAAAAAUCUCGGCACUUUUGUUCCUGAUCACAGGCUGCUUUGUUAUGAUCGGUAGUAUUACUUUGAUUAUUUUGGACUGGAUCCACAAUGCCGGAGUUUCUGAGGACACCGGCAGUGGCCACUAGUGGACAUGUCAUCUAUGACUGACAGGAAGAUGGGGCGGAGCUAAGUCACUAAAACUGCAAUAUAUAUGAACAAGAAGCUGCUCGUUUAUCAGCACAGAGCAAAAACAAACAUCCCAUUCUGAAAGAAUGUUUUGAACUUUGUACAGUAUCCUCUUAGACCACACAGAUGGUAACGACUCUUAUUAUUGUGCUUUUCAUAAUGAAUUUCUUUUCCUUGUGUGCUGUAGUUUUGAUACUGUUGAAUUGUGUGGUACGUCACAUAAGGUUUAUUUGACCCUCAAAGUGUGAAUAAUUCAGGUCAAGCAUCAUGUACUUACAACGAAAACCUUACAAGAGUCUCACGAUCAACGGCACGCGAGUGCAGCUUUGUGUUUGACAUCAGUUUGUACCUUGAUGUUGGUACGUGGAAGACCGCUUGACCAAUCAGCAAAUGUGAAAAUGUCUUUUUGCUUUGAAAAGGUUUGUUACAUUUCUACUGUCUGACUUAAGUCGCUUUUUACUGUAGUUUAAAUCUACUAAUGGACAAAAGCUGAUCUGUAGUUACAGCACCAAUUUACUGUAAAUGUAUUUCAAAUCCAAGUAACGGUUCAUCAGCUGUUGGUACGUCAAAGUCGAUAUGGUUUUUCCGUUCAUUUGUGAACCCUAUUCAAGAGAAAAUAAUCUUCAAAAGGUCUUGGAGUUCAAAUAUAUUCAAAUAUAUUGGUUAAUGUUAAUCAUGAUAAGUCAAAUGAUGGCAUUUCAGCUGCAGCCUUUUUAAAUGUUAUUUCACUUGUUAUGGUCACAUUUCAAGCAAAAUAGCUUUUGAAAGCUAUUUCAUGUUAGACUCUAAAGACUUGCAUUGGUGGUUUACUUGAUUUACCAUUUCAGUGUUUGCCAUUGGCAGCUUAAAGGUCCUCUCUGAAUGAGAGACACAAAGAGAAAGAGAGAGAGAGAGAGGGGUUAUUUUCACUACUCAUGCCUCAUUGUGCUUCCAAAAGCUAAACCUCAAGUGUCAUCCAACUUGUUACUCUCGAAGAUAUUUAUGAAAGAACACCAAUGUAAUUUUAUCUAUUUUACUAUAUUUAUAUACUGUACAUGUGUAAAUAGCACAAAUUGAAUUGUAUAUAUGCUGCUGUUUUAUUAUUGUUUUUUGUUCUCAAUUUUGCUCAGUAUGUCUAAAAUAUGAAAUGGCUGUAGAACUGUAGUCUUCUCAUAUAUUACUCAGUGUGUCUGGUAUCUGAUUAGGCCCUCCUCGGUGGACUUGAAUGUUGUUUAACUGAGAGGUUUCUCUUGGCUUGUUUUGGCUUAUUGGUCAGGCCCGACACACACAAACAUACUACUACUACUACUACUACUACUACUACUACUAAACUGCAGACCUUCGAGGGGUAAACGCUCCUCAUGUACAAGAGGCCAUUCCUGCGAAUGUUACGCUCUUGUUUCAAUGAAACACUGUGUAUAUAAUGUAAUUAAUAUCUAAUAAAGUUUCAGGAUAUUCAA